CUGCCAGAGAGUACCCAUAACCGGGUACCUUGUUUGAUACUAUCGCGAUCGCGAAUAGUAGUAGUAGUACUGUUACUUGAGCGAAAUACAUUUUAUUGGACUUGUGUUGUGUGACGUUUUUUAAAGGGACUGUGACCUAUUAUUAUUGUGAGUUUUUUUUUUGGUGGCUCAAUUUGGAUACCUUUAAGUUGGAUUUUCUUUAUUGAAAGAGAACCAAUAUUGGCUUGGACUUUUUUGGCUGUCAGGACUUAUAAGGAUUUUUUGGUCCGAAUAGAGCCCAACUCUUCUUGAUUGUGAAAUGUUGGCAGAGUAUUUGAACCCUUAUGGCAGCUUUGGUUAGCCAUGCAAUGCAUCGAUUCCCUACGUCACCUCCGGAUGCCGUAUACUCCUCCUACGGUUUAAGGAGUGAAGGUAGCAGCCGGCACGGUGGUGACGUCACCGACCAUACAAAAUCAUCAGGAAGUACCGGAGCCCUAUCUCGUUCAAUGCGCUACGCCGAUCCGUGGCUCUACGGAAGCGUCCGGGCUUCCGGAGGGCUCCUCCUAACUCCCGCCCUAGUACUGUGCCAGUGUCCCGAAUAUUUAACCGGAAGUCGGCGUUCCGCGUCCAAAAAAUCACCGCACCAGUGCAAAAAAUGCAACGGCACCAGGUUGCCGUUGUCGCCGGUCGAUUCCAAGUUUGGAACUGUACGAUGUUAUCCAACGACUCAACACAUUGCUACCAGUACGCCUUUACGGGCUGGUACCGUUCGGGUAACUUCUUCGUCGAGGCCUUCGAUUUUACCAACUGGAGAUCCCUACGAUAUUAUGCGAAGAUCCAGACUGUCAGUACCGGAAACUACGUCCAGUACGUCACCUUUUAAUAAAGAGCGUACGCCUACUAUUAAGGACAGUCAGCCGAAAAAAAGUUCUAAUUCUACAAAAAGCAAAAGUACGCCACCAUCUUACAAUUCUACAUUUGGACGUCGCUCGAUCCUAGAAUGUAACGUUAACCCUUACGAGCUGAUGUCCAACAACAAAACAACUGAUUCCAAAAAGACAUCUUCUAGAAACGUUACUGUUGUCAACGGGCAACGUAUCAAGGUACGACCUGGCUUGGAUCAAAAUAAAGAAUAUGAAGAUGUGCAAGUUCCUAGAGCCAAGACUCCAACAGUGAAGAUUUUACCAGUUAAAGUUGUUUCUCCGCAAAAGAAGAAUUUAACUGUCAAAAUCGUACCAAGUCCUACUACUCAAGAAAAUGACUUCGAUUAUGCCCAAAACACCAUAAACUCCAACCGUUUUAAAUCCAUAUUGAAGAAGCGAGGUUCCAAUUACAAUAGUGACUCGUCACCAUAUUCUGACGUAGAAGAAUCAGUCAGUCCAUUGUCCUCCAGAAAAAGCGCUAGCAAAUUUUAUAUUCCAGUACCAUUAACACCAAGGAAAAAGGUUCAGUUUUUAGAUGCAGGUAAAAGCGACAGCAGCGAAGAAGAAGAUAAAUGCCUCAAAGAUGACGCGAUUACUCCUAAAACGGAAGAGGAAGAAGAAGUUUUUGAAGACGCCUUGGAAGAAAUUGAACCUAAAGUUGAGAUACAAAUUAAACCAGUUUCUAAACCUACCAAACCAAUAAAAAUUUAUCGCAGCAACAGCGAACGAAUCAACGUUGAUCACAAAAGUGUUAACUUCUACGACACGAUGGCUUUAAGAAUUCGGAAAAGAAGCGACUCUAGAAUUACCUUUUCGGAAAAAGAUCUGGAAAAACUUGAUGGUAUAACUGCAAGGACGCGCAAGAUUAGCCCCUUGAAACCCCGUCCUAAUGACCCACCACCUCCGCCACCACCAACAAUAAUUCCAAAAGAAAUCGAGGAAUUAAAAAAUAAUAACGACGCUGUGGAAGAAAAGCCUGUUGAAACCUACAUGCAUAAAAUAUCAGUAUCAAGCGAUAGCAGUUUGUCUUCUGGUGAUCAAGAGGCACCUCCGUCAGCUCCGCCAAGAAAACGUAGCAACAAUAAACAACCCUCAGUAAAUAUAGUAACAACACCUACAGCAAUUGUAGAAAGCCCCAACAGAACCAUUGUCAAAAUAAGCUCACCAACUGCAGUCCACAAAAUUCAAAUUAAAAAUGAAUUUCCUGAAUACACUAGCAUGAAUGGCACUCAAAACUUUUCAAUAUUUGAAAAUCCUCAAAGAAAAACAUCCAUAAUGAUCAACGGAGAUGAUUGCUAUUCUACAGUGAAUGUCAACGAUAACGUUCCAAUGUAUCAGUCAUCUGUUGUAGUAAACGAUGAUGCUUCAGUUCAAGUGAAUACCAAGAAUAACAGCAGCAAGAUUUAUAUUAUGGGAUCAUUUAAUUCAGUUGAUGAUUCUAUUGAGAAAGUAUUUGGCGAUCAAAAACCAUGUAUUGAAGUAAAGGAAGUUGCAGAAGAACAACCUGAGAAGCAAUUAUUACAACUAAACUCAACAUCAGCCUCAGAAUUACUCAAAGAGCUUCUGCGAGAUCCAGUAGAAGCGGUGCGUCACAAUCUAGUCCCCCACGUCUGUGGUAAAUCAGAUGUGGCUAGGCGACAACGAGAUACCAAAUUUCCAAAGCACACGUUGCCUCUAGGCAAAGCCGAGUCUCUGCUCGAGUCUCCUCUCGAAGAUAAAAACAUACCAACUUCCGUUGAAGACUCGUUCCUUAGACUUCGAAACUAUGAAACUAUCGGAGACGAUGUUGAAUCGGAGGACGGUGGAUCGAGCCAAUACGAGCUGAUGGAUCAGGCAUCUGAGUGCUACACUGAUCAUAGCAAUAGAAGUUCGGUGACUGAAGAAGAGCUGGCUAAUAGGACAAAGUUUUACGAAUUGUUAGCUGAAAGUGGUAAUAUUGAAGUUUCCGAAAGCGAAGAUCAUCACUAUGAAAGUAUUAAAGUCAACAACAACGAUCCUAUUUAUGAAGAAAUCGAAAUGCCGCCUCCAUUGCCAGCUAAUCCUCCUCCGUCCUUGAUUAUGGAUGAUAUACAAUUGGACAAGGAAUAUACUACAAGGUCUAUUUUUGAAGGAGCUUCCAAAUACGAUAUUCUCAGUUAUUUGGUGGAUGCUAAAGAGCGCGGAAUUGUCCAAGAGGAAGGUUACACUUACAAUUACCCAUCAGCGAACAAUGAAGAUGAAACCAAAGAACCUUAUAAUAAUAGGGUGUCACAUAUGAGUACUGUUAGCGAUUCUAGUGAGGAUAAUUCGUUGAUUAUAUCAGGAGCUCUGAUAGAUGAAAAAGCUACUUUCCAAAAGCCAGCCGAAGUGGAACGAAAUGACUCAGGUGUGGGUUCAGAAACCAGCAAGUCGAGCUUGAGCAAAUACCGAACCAAACCUGAAAUUUUCGUCUCUUGUGAAGAUUGUGAUACUUCUUUGGAAUCGAAAAACGAAAACGAACCCUUACUGUGCAGAAAAUGUAUCAAAAAACGUUCGGAGCGAAAAGAAAUCAUCACGGAAAUCGUCGAAACCGAAGAAAAAUAUGGCAGAGACUUGCAAGUUAUUCUAGAAGAAUUUUAUCAACCAAUGCUUGUGGCUGGGCUUCUCACACCUGAUCAACUAUCGACAAUUUUCCUGAAUGCAGAAGAACUACUGGAAAAUAGCCAAGCUUUAGCUGAGCGCCUCAGAGAUGCUGUAGAGAUAGCUUUGGAGCAAGGAGACGAUGACCUCUUGACUGUAAAUAUUGGUAAACUGUUCCUAGAAGCAGCGCCGAUGCUUCAUGCCUUUGAAACUUAUUGUGUUCGACAAGGUACUGCCAGUCUCCUCUUAGCAAGUCUCGAAAAAGAAAAAGAGCUCCUGAGAAUAUUCUUACGAGUAUCGCAAAUGGAGAACACCAUGCUGAGACGUAUGAAUUUGAAUUCGUUCCUGAUGGUACCCGUGCAAAGAGUAACCAAGUACCCGUUACUGUUGGCGCGAUUAUACAAAGUAACUCCGACGCAUCACGGCACUAGGCAGCAACUCAGAGAUGCUCAGCACAAAAUCGAACUGCACUUGAACCAUAUGAAUUCUGAGACCAAGGAUGUUCCUAGUAAACUUUGGAGAAGAAUAGGGAGUAAUGCUGGAAGAAGACCAAGUACAGAAAUGGAUUUGGUGAACAUUAAACUGAGAAAAAUAGCUGUAGACGUACUGGAAUGGAACCACGAUGAAGCUAGGUUUAUUUUGGAGGGCAAGCUGUUAUUCACGCAGCCUACGGAUAAUAAUUGGAGAAAGGGCAGGACUAUCAAAUUGACCCCUGUAAAUGCUCUGUUGGUGAUAAAUGGGAAGACGCCCGUCAGCAAUAAUAAGCCAUCGUCGUCAGAUAAAAUCGACGAAAACGGUCUGAUGUUCUCGACGAGGCACUCGGGGGUGCGAGAAGCGGCCCUUUUGCUGGUCAGAGAUAAGAACGGACGUUAUUCGUUGUUGAGAGAGCCGCUUUAUCUUGAUCGUUGCGUGAUUGCCGCCGACCCGGCUUGGCAAAGCUAUUUCGAAGUGCAAGAGCUUCUGAACAAGGAUACUUUUAUAUUUAAGGCUGAAGACGAAGACCAGACCCAUUUAUGGUAUAAAAAGCUUCAGUACCAUUCUCAAGGCAUGGGAGCGUGGAGGAAGCGCAGGAAUGCUCUGGCCAACAUCAUGAUCAACGGUAUGGGUCUUCGAUCGUAGCUUUUAAAAUUUUUAUUAUAACGUUUCAUCAGUGAGUCGUAUCCUUUUCCUACUAAUAUUUAAUAAUAAUUAUCAGAAUUUAUUUGUAUUUAUUGUAAAAUAUUUUCAACAAUAUAAAUUUCUCUUUAAUGUCAAUGUAUAAAAUCGAAUAUUGUUUUUUUUUUUAGUAAUUGUUAGCUGUGAUAUUUUGGUUUUGGUUAAAAGGAUACAUUUGGUAGAAUAAUACUGCGGUAGUCUAUUUGUAGCUUGUAGCUUAUUAUUAUUAUUAUUAUGUUUUAUUAUUUAACUAAACUAUUUUAUUUUAUAACGUUUGUAUUAAAGUUGUAAUACAUUUUUUAAUCAAUUGCAUUCCA